AUGAUUCGCAUGCGAGCGGAAGUUUCGGGCGCUGGCGACGAGCCCGGCGCGGGCAUUGAAGGCACGAACGGGACCUCUCCUUCAUCAAAGGGAAGCUCUUACGGUGAGCACGUGUCACUGACUCGCGAGUCAGGGACUCAAACACACACCCUUGCUGCCGGCCGCGACAGGUUCGAGUGGAGCCCUGUCCACCCCGUGGAUGGGCAAUUGGUGAUGCUCGGAGGGUCCGCCGCCGGGCGUUCUUCGCGAUGGCGAGAUUGGGCGAGUUUACGGCGGGUUCGGCGGACGAAGAGUUCAUAGCCGAGCGGCAUCUAGCGGUGGCCAAUUCACGUCGGAUCGAUGCGACGAGCGAAGCUCCUCUCCGAUACGAGUUGGACCUCCCGUUCGACAAGGUGCGUCGGCGUGUCGGCCGCACGCUGGUAGUCUCGGCGCGAGACGGCGAGCCCUUCUGCCCGGUCGGAGGCAUCGAUAACCAUUUCCGACUAAACGACCCUCCACCAGCGCGGUUGUUCCCAUAUCGGGCGCGCGAGGGAGGUCAUCGACAGCUGACCUCCUCCGAGUCGGCGUUCUCGCGACGAAUCAAAGACAUUCUCGAGGCGAGCGGAAGGGCGCCCUUGAACAACCACUCCUUUAGGUCCGGUGGGGCCACGUUUUACCUUCGUGAAGGUGUACACACGGAUCACAUCCGAACCUUGGCCGUUGGUCAUCGAAUGCCUUCGACAGGUAUUGGGGGCAACACAAGUUGAAGAUUGCGAUCCAAGUGCUGAGCAAGGCUGGCAAGCUUGCACUCGAUUUGGUUAGGGCCUGA